GUGGGGUGCCCGCUGCGGCACGCGGGCCCCUGGGCGCGCGCCCUGCGCUGGCGCCGGCGCUGCCCCCGAUUCCUCGCUGGUCAGCCUGACCUUCCGCCCAGGCACGUGCGGCAUAGAGCUGGACGAGGCCACGGGCAAGGUGGUCGUGGUCGCGCCGGGAGGCCAGGCCGAGCAGCUGGGCGUGAAGGUCGGCUGGUACCUGAAGUCGAUCGACGGCGCGCCCUACGGGAUGGACGUGGUGCGCAACGCAAUAGGCGGCAGCGCUCCCUACGUUGCCGCCUACCAGCCGUUCACCAUCAUCGGCCUUGAGGCACCGCCAGGCGGCCGCGGGGCCGCGGCGGUGGGCGCUCCCAGCGGGGGCACCCUGGCGCCGGAGGCGAGCGUCAUGAACAGGAUGGCACGGGCUAUGAAGGCGAUGAAGCUGAGCGACUGGGAGAAGGACAUCAAGCAGGCGGCUGCGGAGAGAUGUCCAGAGGUUGAAGUACGCGAGGCGACAUCCCUCGAGGACAUCCAGGGCGCCGCCGCGCUGCUCGCGGAGUCCAACCCCGGCGACGGUGAGCAGCAGGGCUUCGCCGACGCGCUGGUGCCCUUCCUGGGCCUGUCCUACAUGCGCCUCCUGUCGACCAUAUCCCUGUCGUCUCCACUGACAGCCGUGGCCGUGGUUGAAGGCGAGGUCGUCGGAUUGGCCGAGGUCAAGGCGGAUGGCUACGUCAGGAACCUGGCCGUGCGCGACGGCUGGAAGCGCCGCGGCGUCGGCUCCCGCCUCCUCGCCUGGUGCGCGGAGAGCUCGCGGCAGCGCGGCGCGGCGAGGCCCGCCUUGGACCUCGGGCGGGCCUCCUUUCUUCAGCAGGUUAUCGCUGCACGUGGCGGUUGA